AUGGUGCAGAGGAAGCCGGAGCGCAAGAAGCCCAAGGACCCCGACGCCGUGCCGACUGGGGGCGGUGGCCCUGGCCCGGGAAGCAGGGGUGGCUCUGGCGGUGGCGGUGGCGGCAUGACCCCGGCGCCGCUCCCCAACUACAUGAGGGCGACGAAGGUCGGAGCCUCCGGGGCCCCCGCCGCGCCGCAGCCGCAGCCACAGCAGGGGAGGGCGAAGGUGGCGCUGACGGCUGCGGCGGCGACGGCGGUGCCGCGCGCGGGCAGGGCCACGUGCUCCUCCGCCAUGAAGGGGCCCGGGGCCGACGGGCCGGCGCACGCGUGCCCGUACGCGUACUGCUCCUUCAAGGGCCACGCCCACGCGCCGCCCCUGGGCACUUUCGUGGCGGAGCGGAGGCGGCUCAUCAAGACGCAGCAGAGCAUGAAGCUCAAGGGCGCCUCGCCUUUCCGCAAGCCCAGCACCGCCGGAGGCCGCGGCUAUUUCGUCGAGAUACGUGCCGGGUCCACCGCGCCGACGGUGACCUCGGACGUGAGCUGCAGCGACAUCUCUGCGGAGGACUCGCCGGAGGGUUUGGGUGCUGCUUCCGUGGAUGACGGUUCAUGCGCGUCCAGCGACGUGAUCUCGGUUAGUUCGGUAGAGCUGUUGGGGACGACCGAGCAUCGCGGCCGUGAAGAGAAGGAGACCUUGGUGGUCAUGGUGGAUCAUGAAGGCGGGGACUUCUGUGGCUGCAAGUCUGACAUCUCCGAGGAGCUGCUGGAUGCUAAUCAUGGAGGAAACAUUCCUGAAGGUGAAGUUCCUUGCAAUGCUUCCUCUAUUCCUACCGCUCGUGCACAUGUUGGAAUCGAGAAGCAAUUGUUCAUGCCUGAUGAACGACAAGGACAUGGCGAUUUUGAAGGUGGCGUCGGCGAUGCUCCAAAGGAAUCAUCAGUCGAUAGCAUUUCCAGCUCGCUCAGUGGGAUAAGCUUUGAAGAUGUUAGCUCUGCUUGCGUCUAUGAAGCAUCCUCUCAGAAGAAGAACAGGUCCAGCAUUGCCAGGAGGAGGAGAACAUCCGAACAGGGUGUCAAGCAAAUUCGUCCUUUCAAACCCAAGCCUCCAAACUUCCUUCCUGCAGAAACCGGUCCAGAGGCAGAGAAAGUUGAUCUCAAACAUCAGGCGGUGGAUGAUCGGAGGGCCGCUGAGGAGUGGAUGGUUGACUACGCUCUUCGGAAGGAAGUAAAGAAACUGGCUCGUGCUCAGAAGAGAAAAGUUGAGAUGCUUGUCCAGGCCUUUGAAUCUGUUCUGCCCACGGUUUCAAAUGAGAAGAAGCCCGAGCAACACGAUAAUGGUGACAAGAGAACAUUCACUCUUACAUGGCCUUCGCAAGCAUGUAGCUGA